AUGAACCAAGACGAGGGGCUAAAUUGCAAUCCUGUGCAACACCUUGAAUUCUACAACAUCAAUUUAAAUGCUUGGUGCAAAGUUAAUGGGUUUGAUAUGCCCUCGCCGCGAAGCUUUUUUGCCGGCGAGAUUCUGGAUGAGUGCAAGUUGCACCUUUUUGGCGGAUUCAAUGGAGAGGAAUUUUCACUAAAGUGCCAAAAAUUUGACUUGAUGUCCGGGGAGUGGAGUGAUUUGCCACAAAUGGCAAAGGAGAGGGUUGACAGGUGUUAUGCUUCCGCUACAGAGAUGGAUGGUGAGAUUUACGUUUCGGGAGGACAUCACAAGCGCGCGCAAAACAAAGCAAGAUCGGUGGAAAAAUUCAACCCUGUCGUAAAUGCAUGGAGCCAAGUUCCCAAUUUGACAAGCGCCCGUUGCGAGGCUGCGUUAGUCAAUUUAAAUGGGUGUUUAUACGUGAUUGGAGGGUUCGAUGGCGUUGCCGUGCUGAGCAGCGUUGAAAAAUUGGAACCAGACUCUCGAUGGACUUUCAGCGCUCGCAUGAUCCGACAGCGCAGUGGACUGGGCGCCGUGGCCCUUCCUGGUUGCAUUUUGGUGUUUGGCGGCCACGACGGUUUCCAAAGGUUGGCCGAUGGAGAAAAAUUCAACCCAGAUUCGGAGACGUGGACGUUGCUGGCACCCAUGGUGCAGGCAAGAAGCAAUUUUGGCAUUGCCAGCAUCGGACGGCUCGUCUUUGCUGUUGGAGGUUAUGGCGGUCCGGAACCGGGCCAACCUUUAGCCGAGGUUGAAGCAUACGACCCAAGUAUAGAUAAAUGGUUCCCAGUGGAGAAGAUGUUGAGCCCACGCUCAGGAUUGAUCGCUUGCGUUGCUGACAAUCUGCAACUUGCUCUAAAGGUUUGGGGCACUGAAGAGAGAAAAGGCUGCGUUUUGCUUACAAGCUCUUUAGAAAAGGAUUCGCACCAACAAGAACACGCCGGUGGUCUCUCAACACCUAUGCUAGAUCCUUUACCAAACGGUUGGCUGCAAAAUAACACUAACGAAAAUGCUUAA